AUGGCAUCUGAUUCUCAGAGGGGGCUGCGUGUCGUCCUCGUUGCAAAACAGCAGAGCGGUGCAUCACGGGAACAUGCAAUCUUUACGACUUCAUCAUGUGCAAAUCAGGAUCGAACAUCUCUUUCCUGCUUUGGUGACACGGCAAAGACCACGGAACGGAACAGUUCGGUCCUACGCGAUCAACAUUGGGAUGGUGAGGGACGUAGAGCGGCGAACGACGGUAUAUCAAGCGCCGGCAGAGGGCACGAAGAAGCGAACCCCACCCUUGGUGCCGCUUUCUCUGGAAGUAAUACCGACCACGAAAACGCUGACAUCAAGACGUACCCGAUUUUUGUCGGCGAGCGCGUUGUCGACUCGACAGGAUCUACCGACUCAAAUGUAGAGCGGGCAAUCCUGCAAGACUCCGACGGAGCACCGGCAUCGGCUACCUCGCUUCACUUUUUCAUUGACAGGAACCUCCCCUUGCGGCAUCUUGCUGUCUUACAAGCCUUUGCUCGAAAACUUGGAGGGACCGCUCCGCCGUCGUCUUCAUCCCGUGUUGGUACACCCGGUUCUGCAUCCCCUCCUGCUUCUCACCAUGAACUCCCAAGUAAAAAUAGCAGGACAUCCGCAUGCUUGCAUGCAAACACAGUGGACACGGCCCACGGAGAUCGGCUGCACACUCCUAGCUGUAAGGCCCAGUUGCCCAGUUGCCGGCCUGUUGCGCUUUGGUUCCUUAAGGGCGAACUGGGGGAAGGCUUGAAAUGCCGCCGGGCUCUCGCAGAGGUUCAAAAUGCGCUUCUCUUCGGCACUCCGUCUUCCAGCAGGGCUGGAGAGUUUGUGAUUCCGUUUCACGAUUCUUCUCUUUACCUCAAGGGUGGGAACGACGGGCUGAAGUCCGAUGCCGCUGUCCCGCCAGGCCUCCCAGCAGGCGGUCAGGCGAAGGACCUGGUGCAGCGCGCCCCUCUGGACAGGCGAAGCGUCGUGUUUGCAGUGGGCGGAGGAUCAGUGUGCGACCUCGUCGGAUUUGCGGCAUCGACGGUUCUCAGGGGCGUCAGCUGCGUCCUCGUUCCCACCACCUUGCUUUCGGCAGUCGACGCCGCCGUUGGAGGGAAAAAUGGUAUCGACGUUGCCACCGCAAAGAAUUGCUUGGGAACAUUUUGCCAUCCACGCGCCGUUCUGGUCCACUUGCCGUUCCUUCGAUCCUUAUCCCCGCGACACUUUGCAAACGGCAUGGCAGAAGUAAUCAAGAUCGCCACAACCAGCAGUCCUGAGCUGUUCGAUUUCUUGGCACGCGUCGACCCGGCAGCCCUGCAGGACUCGGGGAUAACUUCCUCCGCAUGCUCCAGUGCCCUGGCACCAGAUGAGGUUCGGCCGCGGAAACGGGCUCACAAAGCCUUAUGCGGAGACGCCACGAGCCAUUCGCAAGCCCACCGCAGAGGCUCCACAGACAAUUUAGAGGACGCGUCUUCGUGGAACCCCUCGUCUGCAAGGCAUUGUCCGCCGCACUCGCACGUGCCCUGCACUGGGAAAACUCAUGACUCUCAUGCGCUCGGCAAAGAAUCGCAGGAGCUCGCUCCGCACUCUCCACCUCAGUGUUCCUCAAACGACGGCGAUGCCAGCGGAAGAGGCGCCUGUCGCGCCCUGGAGAAGAUCGUCGUGGAGGCCAUUCAACUGAAGGCGGCAGUUGUUGCGGAUGACUUCCGAGAGGGUGGAAAGCGACAAAUAUUGAACUUCGGGCACACUGUCGGCCACGGGAUAGAAAUGUUGUUCAGGAGCUCCGAUUGGCUCCAUGGAGAAUGCGUCGCCGUAGGCAUGGUCCUUGAGCUUUUACUUCUACGGCUGCUGGGCCAUAUUUCCCCGGUACUAGGCCUUCGGCUCCAGUUGCUUCUGCGCAAAUUCUCCCUGCCAUGCUCCGUCGCUCUCUCAGCUGCGGAGGCGCAGCAGGCGAGUCAACUGAUUAUCUCGCACGACAAAAAGAACUGUGGCGGGAAAGUUUUCGUCACCCACGUUGAAGACGUCGGUGUGACGCAUCCUCGCCAUGUGGUCGCAGUCCCGCAAGAGCUUCUCUGCCUAGUGUUGUCGCCGGUCCUCGCGUUGGCGCCUGUUCGGUGGCCUUCGGCUCUCUGCUCUGCGCCAAACUUCACCAACAGUUCCUCUCCACUUGGCACUGUCGUCUCCGUGCCCGGCUCUAAAUCGGUCGCGAAUCGCGCACUGCUUCUCGCCGCGCUUCGGCACUGCAUCGUUGCUUUUGGCGUCCACCCUUUGGCUCGCGACAGUUUGGGAGAGAAGCAGUUCAUGCUCCGCAAUCUGCCAUGCGCCGUGGACGUCGUCGUGAUGCUGGAUGCCUUGCGACAACUCGGCCUUUUCAGCGCAUUCGAGAUCACUUCCCCUCCGGAUUCGCCGUCUUUCGACGUGAAAGUCGAGGCCCCGCCGCUCUCUUGUCCGGGCGCGCGGGACUCUGUAUCGGCGGCGCAGCCGUUUGAUCCUCUGGCCCUUCUAGACGUAUCGGACGGCCGACUGUUGCUGUGGGUUGGCGACAGCGGAACGACUUCGCGCUUUCUUCUCCCCGCUGCCGCGUUUCUACUCCGCCUCCAUCACUGCGUUGCUGGCGAUCGUGAAGUCGCAGGCGCGAUGGGAAAACCGACGUCUCGUGUGCAAGAGCCCGACGGCGAGACGCGCGCGUCGCCUGCAGGCGCAGCAAGCGAAGACCGGCACCGCACGCCUCUGAAGCGAACCCGCGAGGAGCGGGAGGAGGCGGGGUUCAAAGAGGCGGCGACCCGCGGACAGCGAAAGGAGGCGCGAGCAGCGUUCUCUUGCGCUGCACACGCAUGCGCUGUGCAUGAAGGGAAGGGAGGCGAGCCUCAAACGCAGCGCAUGCGUACGACGUGCAGCGGCGGUGCCGGUCUCACCGCACCCGUGGUGUGCGCGAAAAGAAAGCCUCGCGGCCCAAAGGUCCAGCGCAUAGUCGUUGACGGCGGCGAGCAACUCAGAAGGCGGCCGAUGGGCGCGUUGGCGGAUGCUCUAAGCGGAUUCAUCAGAGGAUGCCGCGUGAGAUAUCUUGCGGCCGACGGGUGCUUGCCCGUUGAACUCUCCAUUUGCGACGACUUGGCGGAGUCAGGGCGACAGGAUUCCCCCGCCACCCGGGACAACGCUGCGUUGAACAGCGCCGCACCGCCAGUACUGUCGCGUGUCUUUACAGAGAAGACCGACUGGCGCGUGUCAGCGUCAGAAAGCUCGCAGUUCGGCUCCGCCUUGAUGAUGCUUGCACCCUUGGCUCCCCACGACGUCGUGUUGCACCUGGAGGUGCCGGAAAUGGGGACCGGCGACCGCGGAAGCGAUCUCCGUGGAGCCCCGCCUCCCGAUCCGGCCUCCGCGGCGGCCGCCGAGGACGCGGGCUGCACGAGGCUGCGGAGAUACAGAAGCAGCGGCGCCGAGGGCGUGUCGCGCCUCCCAUACGCCGAGCGAGACCCUAUACCGUGCCCUUCUGGGAACCGCCUGUGUGGCGGGCUCAGCCUGCUGAAGCCUCAACAGGACGCAGCGGCCAACGAAGACCCCACCGCCCCUUCAUCCGUGAACGGCUCACCGACGUUUUCGCCCACCGUCACACCUUUCCCUUUUGUUCUGAUGACGCAACGCCUGAUGCGCCAGUGGGGCUUUGACGUCGCCCAGACGAGUUCGGUCGCCUACCAAGUCUGCUCUGUUUGGCGGCGGAGGGGCGGCCGCGGGGGUGCGGCCGCGGGGUGCGAGGAGCGGGCGCCCCUCCACUGUAAGGCAGAACCGGCACCCAGCCUCGACGACAGCCUCCCUGAGCCGACAGAAUGCACCGUGGAGGCGGACGCCACAGCGGCGUCUUACUUCGUGGCCAUGGCUGCAGCGGCGGGAGACCGCGUGCAUCUCAACUUGGACCGGUCAAAGUCUCUCCAGGGCGAUGCGGCGUUCGUCGACGUGCUUCCUCUUUUCGGGUGCUCAGUCAAGCAGAGCUACGGGUGUCCGCGCCGACUCUUCCCCGAGACUCCCGGUGCAGCGGCUGCGUGCUGCUGCCUGGCGACUUGUCCUGCUGGGGGCGCGCACCGACCAGACGCCGGCACUGCAGAUGUAGAGUCGGCGGCACAGUCAGAGGCGAUGUGUGCGUGCUGCUCCGGGGCGUGGCUUACCGUCGAGGGACCGCCUGCUGGACUUCAGAAAGGCCGCCCUCGAGGGCCACACGCGGGGCUCGAAACGCCUCUACCGCCAGCCGGAGGUUCCCUGGCGAAGGUCGCCCCAGUGACGGUCGACGUGAGCAGCAUGCAAGAUUGCUUCAUGACAUGUGCCGUCCUAGCGGCAAUCGCCUGUCAGGGUAGCCAAGUGCAGAAACGUGGCAAAGGAGAGGCAUGUGUCGCUGACGAGCGUAGAGCGGUGACACUCGGCUCUGAGGCCACAAGUUAUUCUGAGUCAGCGACGGGAGACCCGCCGCGAUUCCGUCUCAUUGCUGGGCGGACCGCACGGCUGAAGGAAACUGACCGAAUCGCCGUGACGACUCGCGGCCUGAAAGCGGCGGGUUUUAUCGUUGCCGAGCUCCCUGACGGGCUCCUUAUAUAUCAGACUCAACCCCUCGCCGCAAGCGGUAGUAAUGGGCAGGGGGUCUCGGUGCAGGUGGAGGAGCAAGGUCGACAACAUAAUCGUGUGGAAGUGUGUGGGAAGGAACGGCACAACGGACAUCAGUUAGACGCUCGCAGGGGCGAACCAUCUCCACAGGAGACACAAGAGUUCACAGUUAUUGAAAGCGAGGCGGACCACCGAGUGGCCAUGAGCUUCGCUAUAAUUGCCAUGCUGCGCCAGGACAUCGGAAUCCACGACUGGAGAUGCGUAGACAAGACCUUCGCGGAUUUCUGGUUUGUGUGCAAGGAACGCCUUGGCAUGCGACUUUAUGCCCCUCCCGCAGUUCCGCCGAGCUGCCUAAGCCGCCGCGCGGGAAAUGCCAACAGGCCCGCUGCCUGCGUGGCCGGCGAAUGCGAGAAGACCGCACCGGGUUACCUGGCCCUUGGGCUCACUGGGAGAUGCCGAGAGGAGACAAGAGAAGCGUGCCAGGAUUUCACAGCCGCGCAGCGCAAGCCGAGUUCGUUGUCUGACACACAGCUGAUGGGAUGCUUCGUGCCCGAGCCGCCUGGGUGCCCCUCGCUCCCCUUCUUCCGCAAAACUACAGAUUCGCCGCUUGGCACCGCCGCCUUGCGGGAGGGGCGCGUGGAGGAGACGGGCUCUGCGCCGCACCAAGCUGUCUCACGAACUGCCCGAAGCGCUUCGCCGGAUGUGCUUGUGGUCGUGGGCAUGCGAGGCGUGGGGAAGAGUGUCUUGGGACAGCUGGCAGCUCUCGAGCGAGGCUGGCCCUUGGUGGACCUCGAUGUCCUGCUGGAGGCGUGGCUCCGCAACCGCGAGGAACCCGCGCAGGCUACCCCGGCGGACGCCUACCCGCCGCGUACAGCCCGUGGCACAGCGGCUGCAGACUCGUCCCUCGCUGCUCUGAAGAGGCUGCGCAUGUUCAUUGAAGACGAAGGCAUGCCGGCCUUCCGGCACGUCGAGAGUCAAGCGCUCGCGUUUCUUCUCGCCUCUCUGCGAGGGCCCCCGACGAAAGACUGCUUGCCCGAGCUGACGCUUGCCGAGGCCACUUCGCGUGCCCGUUCUUCCCAGCCCGCUUGCGCGGACGAUGGAGAGUCUGUUUCAUCGAUCGCUAUCCAGACAGGGCACAGGCCCACACACGAAGCGAAAGCCGGCAGCACUAAAGAGACCCAACGCUUCCCUUCUGACACAUCGCUGGAUAGGUUCCUCCGGAAGUGUAGGGCCGAGGGACUCCUCGCGAGCCGCAACGGAGGGUGCGUGAUAUCCUGCGGAGGCGGUGUCAUCGAAGGCUAUCGCGCCAUGGAGCUGCUCGCUGCAGAGCCUCUUGUCGUGUGGGUGAAAACCUCGGAGCAAGAGUCUGUGGAUAGAGCGCUUCGGAAGGAGGGCCAGGCGCCCUCCUUCUUUCAGCCGCAACGGAAACAUGCUGAAGCUGGGCGAGCUAGUGGGGAGAGUGCGGCUCAUGAGGCGAAGAAACGAGACCAUAGCGCAUCCGCUGGGAACGUCAGUGCGCAGCGCGCAACCUAUCGCGAGAAGGUGACGCGGUUGUAUCGCGAGCGAUCUGUGCGAUACAAGCAGGUGGCGAAGUUCGAGUUCUGGACUCCCCCAAUUCGCGAACUUCUUGCAGGGCUGCAGUUCUUUGAAAAUGAGUUCUCCUCAUUCCCGAUGUUGUCAGAGUUGAAAACAUCUGAGUCGUCGUUCGGGCCCUUUGCUGGCGUCGCGGCGGACAGCGUCGCGCCUCCUGCCUCCGGGCUUUCGCCGGCGUCUUCGGAGCCGUUUGUGCACGAAGACCACGGCCGCGCGACACGAGGACGGCUGCCACCUCGCUCGCGCUCAUCAGCGGCAUUGUCUCUGCCUGAGCUCCCUGAGUUUGUGGCGGCCCGCCUCGCAGCCUCCCAUCCGGAGGAGGCGCCGAAACUCACCCUCUAUCUGAGGGCAGUUUACACAGUCUGGCAGCUCUUCCUCUCUGCUCUGCUGGGCCCCCCGGUGCCUCUCACCCCUUCGAGUACGUUCCUGGUAUGUGACGAACUCGUGAGAUGGUCAACCCGCGCGGAAGAAACGGAGACGCGGCUCUCGGGCGCGGUGGAGACUGUGGAUCCGCAUGGCGCGGCUGCAGGCGGGCCAGCGGCGCUCGACUGCGCGUCAGAGGGCGCAGGCGGUUCAGAGGGCUUUUCAGCGGCAAAGAGGCGCGCUGGCCUCGGAGCACUAGACGACAAGACGCUGAGGUGGCUGCAAGCCAGCAGAGACGUCGACGCCGUGGAGCUGCGCGCGGACUGUCUCGCUUCACUAGAGUCCGUGGAGCGGCAGGCGUUUUUCUUGAGGUUGAUCACUGGCAAGCCCCUCAUUCUCACUGUGAGGUCGGAGCAAGAUGGGGGGCACUUUGGCCCCGGUGACCCGCUCUUCGAAGAGUGUCUCUCGCAGCAGCGACACGAGCUGUGCGACGGCGCCGCGGCCUCGGCGGAGAGGGACAGUGCGGAGAAGAGCUCGUCCCCUCCGUCUGCAGCCCUUGCCCAGCGCUCAGUCGAGCCAGCGCACGCCGCGAAGGAACCAGCGCCCUCUGAACACACAUGCGACGGCGCUGCCAGCGCGAGCGCCGCGCAGCAUGCCUCCUCCGGAGACGCCCGACAGGAGUGCACGCGGGGGGCGUCUGAAUCCUGCACUGUCUCGCCGACUGUGCAGAGGGAGAGGGAGAGAGAGGCCCAAGAGCUUAGUCGCACCGCUGUCUACAUUGACGCGCUAUCCCGCAUGCGCCGUCUCGUUUUCGACUGGAUUGACAUCGAGGUGACGCAGGUGGCGCGACUUCGAACGCCCCGCGAACGUCGCGCAACCGCAGCGCGGGAAGCGCUGUGGGAGCGAGUCGUAUGCCGCGUGCGGGCAGGAGGGCGCGGAGAGAGCGAGCAAGUUGAGGCUUCGCAGCACGCCGCAGCGGUUUUAGAUGUUGAUGAUGACGAAGAGCGUGACGCCUCGGAGACAGUGGCAAGCUCAACAGAGAGCGUGAGAAGCCGCGCUCGCCGCGCGUUCCUUCAAAUACUUCGCGACACUCCUUCGGGGGCGCGCUACAUUGCGUCACUUCACGGCCCGUGGUCCUACGGCAAAGACGCGGAUCCGCUAAGAACGUUCAACAGGCACUACCUUUGUUCUGUCGCAUGCUCUUAUGCCGCGCUAUCCAAAAUCGUCAUUGUGCCCCAGCUGCCUCCCCUCGGGCAGGAUUGCGAAUGCACCGCGGAGGCGGACGCUGGAGCAGGCGAAGUGUCCGCAGAGGAGGACGCACGCACUAGACAGUCAUCUGUCGCGCGGCCCGUGAACGGAGGGGGCAGCCGGAAAGCGGAGAAAGUUGUAGAAGCUGUGGUCAGGGCAGUACGCUCUGCAUGCGCAGCUGGUGACGAGUGUCUGUACACCAUCACGCGCCUGGAUGCUGAUGAACACGGAAUGUUGAUUUCGAAUUCCAGAGGGACCGCACUGGAAGGCUCUGCUCGGGUACUGAACCGCCCUCUCAUUCUUCUUCAGGGCGGUCCGGCCGGCCGGCACUCUCGAAUCGAAAACAGCUACUUCACGCCAACUUGUCUCGAGGGCGAAGACGACAACAACGUGUAUGGUCAGCUCAGCGCGGCGUCGCUGUGGCGUCGUCGUCGGGAUCUUGCCCUGCCCUGUGUGCGGUAUUUCAUCUUCGGAUACCCGACGACCCUGUCCCCCUCGCCGACGAUUCACAACGCCAUUUUCCAGUGCAGAACGGCGACCGCGAAAACGUGCCUAUUCAGCCACUUUCCUUCAGUCGCUGUACAGCGAGAACUCGAAAGCCUCCUCUGUCCUUCAGCCGGUGGACAACCGGUUCAGGACGUGACAGGACUGGCUAGGCGAGCAAAGCAGAGUGAGAAAUCGUUGAUGAGCCCAGAGCCGCGGCCUUCUGUUGGCAACGGACUCCUCGCGACCCGAGAAAACGAACGACGGCGCGCGGAGCUUAUCGAGCGAAUGACCUGGCAGUUUCUGAGGUCCGCGACUUCUGAGACGUUUGGAGGGGCAUGCGUCACGAUUCCCCUGAAGGAAGUGGUUGCUCCUCUUCUGAGCCGCAUUGACCCGAUUGCGAAGCGAAUUGGAGCGGUCAACACAAUCUACCGCGACAAGGCCAGCGGUCUCUGCGGUACGAACACAGACUACGCGGCCAUCGUGAAGGCGAUCCUAUCGCGGUGUAACCGAGUCGGGACAGUGCCAGGGACCGCCCGCUGCGAGCUUCCUCAAGACGUGUUUCGAAAUCGCCCACUCGUGGUUGAAAUGGCGUAUAGUCCGGUGCUAACACCUCUCGUGAAGAAGGCAUGCGGCGCAGGCUGCGCGGUGGUUCACGGGAUCGAGCUUUUCGUGUGGCAGGCACUCAUUCAGGCGCGCCUCUGGGUUGAAUUUCAAGAAGGAGCGUUGAACAGCUGCGGCGAGACAGCCGCCCGUGCGCAGGACUGUCUCGCGGAGACGGAGGACGAGUACCAGAAGGAACUGAUCAAGAAGUGGAUGGCGAGUCAGGAGGGGCGCUCGUCGCGUCCUCUGGAUCUGCAUCCUGCCGAUAUGUGCAAAGUUGUCAAGCAGGUUGAAGAUUUCUACAGGGCUCGGGUUGACAAGGAGCACCUUGUCACGCUUCGAGCGGAGAAUUUCCUUCUGUGA